AUGCGGGCACACAACAUUGCCAACUCGGCCAAUCCUUCAAUUACUCCCCGUCAAACCCGAAGGCCAAGGCGGUUCAAAAUUAGGCUUAACCUGAAUUCAUUUACAGAUGAGGAUGUCCUUCAACAUUUUAGACUAUCAAAAGAUUCCAUUAGAAUGCUUUAUGAAGAAAUCAAACUACACAUUGACAGACAGACAAGAAGAAGUCACGCUAUUUGUGGAAUGUCUAAACUCCUAGCAGUACUUCAUUACUUAGCUAGUGGUUCUUUCCAGUACUGUAUAGCCUCCAAAAUAGGUUUCACCCAACCCACAUUCAGCCGCUGUCUUCGUCAGGUUGUUAAUGCUAUUGUGAACAUCAGCACCAAUUACAUAAGCUUCCCAUACAGCAUCUCAGAAAGGGAGGAAGUGAAGCAAAAGUUUUUCCAAAAAUAUGGUAUGCCUUUAACAAUCGGAUUAAUAGAUUGUACGCAUUUCGCAAUCAUCCCACCCGCAGCAGAGGAACAAAGCUACAGAAACCGGAAGAUGUUCCACUCUUUAAAUGUUCAACUAAUAUGUGGCCCCUCCGGUGAAAUUUUAGACAUUGUCGCCAGAUAUCCUGGAGGAACCCAUGACUCAUUCGUGUUAAGCGGAAGUGGAAUUGGCCAACUAUUUCAAAGUGGUUAUUUUGGUGAUGAUUUAUUAUUAGGUGAUAACGGGUAUCGCCUUACUCCAUGGCUACUUACCCCCUAUCUUUCGCCACGAACAGACGCCCAGCAACGCUAUAAUCUAGCGCACCGAAGAACACGGAGCCAAGUGGAAAGAGUUUUUGGACAGCUCAAGUCACGUUUUCGCUGCCUAGAUGUAACAGGUGGUGCUAUGCUAUAUAAACCAGUUCUAGUUGGAAAAAUUAUCUUGGCCUGUGCCGUGUUGCAUAAUAUUGCACUACAACAUCACAUACCAAUAGAGAUUGCUGCGGAUCUUCGCGAACCCAUCGACUGCCCGCCUGUGAUGGGUCAUGAGAGUAGUCAGGCUGGAAACUUGAAACGAAAUGACAUUUCUUACAAUUUUUUUAGCCGAUAGGCUUCAUUCUGCCAAGCUGUUUGUACGUUGUUGAAUUUAAACAGAUUUAGAUACCACAUUUACAACAGGCAGGCUAG